AUGUCGUUUGCUACCAGAAUUACCGAUUGGCGUCUUCCGAGCCCGAAUUCCACCCCGAAAUCAGCCACCUUCCCCGAUGCAUCCUUCCAAACGCCUAGGACAGACUCUUUUUCAAGCCACUUCCUAGAUGCUUGGUCAACGCCUCGAGCAAAUGUACAACAGACUCCCACGCAGACACCCCUCCAACCACGAACCGUAACUGGGGAAAGACCUGUGAGCUCCUACAGCCACAAAAGCUUGAACCUUGAAGAUCCCAAUUUCCACAUAAAUCAUCUUUCUCCAAAUUCCCAUCUACCGUUGCCGCCAGUCGAGCAAUCUCGCCGGUUAUCGUCUAGCCCAGGGCCACUACCAACAGAGCACGGAUCUCGUGAUAACAGUCAGGGCUACAGCACUGCGGUUUCAUCUCUGUCGAAAUCCGCCAUGAAUUCCUCCCAAAUACAAACACCGCCUCCGACGAGGGAUGCAUCGUCCUCGAGGAAACGAGACUCGAGCGGACUCGGCUUGAGCUUUAAUACACCAUCUACAAUAUACUCGAGGAGAGGCUCGGCACCAGUUGGAAAUGGGGAUAAUGAUAUCGAAAGUGCUUUCACGCAGACUCCAGGUCCGCUUUUUACGAAUCUUCAGUUCACCCCGGACAUGGCACAAUUCUCUAGCACGGGUCCGGCUACAGCACCCAUCCCUGCACAAAACAGGCUGUUUUGGGACUCGACUAGCUCUUCGAAUGCGACAGGCAUUGGUAGCAAACCAGUCCUCGACGAUCCGUUUGGAUUCACACCAACCCGCAACCAGGGUGCUUUUUCUUGGCAGUUUGUUACACCCUCAACUUCCUGUCACUUGGAUUCUUCAUCAAUGCCUGCGAGUGACAACGCCUGGACCCAUACCCCUGCUAUGGUAACUACAAGCUCCACUCAGCUGCAAAACGUUACUGGGACCGCUUCUUCGGCAGCAGGCCAAGACUCUUCUCUGGCGUCUACAUCUGCAGCUGUGAAUCCAAGCAUGCUCUUCAGCUUCACUGGCUCCCCGACCAAACAGACUGACUCCUUUCCUCCGGUACAACGUCCACAAGCCACUUCCCUCCAUAAGGGACGGUUGCCGUAUGAGCACCAAAGACAAGAAUCCCAAAGAGAACAGCAGAUACGGAGAUUCUCGGCGCAACAUUCAGUUACAAGCACCAGCUCGUCUGCUGGCUCUAUUUUCGGAACAUCCAAGCCUGGUCUCCAAAGAAGCAACAGCCACAGCGGCUCCACAUGGCGUCCGGGCGCCUUCACCAAUUCUCACCAAGGCAGUUCCGCCCCGCUUCCGCGCAAGACGUCACCAUCAAAGCGUAUGGUGCAGUCGUCCUCACUCGCGUCUAUAUCCGAGCACGCUUGUUCGCGGCCGAAAACGCGGCUCGUCGUGGACGAGUUUGGAAAUGCCAGGACUGAGACAGUGCGAAAUCAAACGCAGUCACCGCGCACUAUGGACCCCCGCAAGCGUUAUUCUGACCUAUGGGACGAUGGCGAUAGUGAUGAUGAUUCUGUUGCCAGCACCUACGUCCCAACUCGAACUGCUUCGAUCUCGUCGGCUUCUGCGCUUUCCCGACGCAACUCGAAACAGGGUAGAUCUGGAAGCCUGCUUGGUAGAUCGCAGUCUGUAAAGCAUACCAAGACAUCUUUCGGAGGCUUCUCUUUCAGUGAGAGCCUAUCAAGGAAGUUGGGGCAGCUUUCUACCGACAACAGCCCGGUAAAGCAGCGUUCCGCUGACGUUUCUAGGAGAAACAGUGUUUCAAGCUUGGGUAGCUCGUUCGGAGGUUUCUUUUGGAACAGGAACGGAAGGUCUAAUGUCGUUGACGAUAUACCGGAAAACGGUAGCGGUGAUGCUCAAGACGAGCUGAAAAAGAUGGUGGAGAAGACCAAAUUAAGACGACAAGAAACCAUCCACGCUGCCAACGUCGCCGCUCAAAAGCUUGAGGCCCACAAUCAGCGCUGGCGAGCCUCGGCCGACUUCUCGAAAAUGACUCCCAGCCAAGGGGCACUGUUUGAUCCGUUUGUCGACGCCUCCUUCGCGGACCCAAGUGCAGCCGGCAGUACCGAGCUCCUCAACUCGACAUUGACACCUCUAACGGAGCGCAGCAGUGCGUCUAGUGAUGCCACGCGCUGCGUGUGCAACUCGGCGGAGUGGGACGGCCAGCUGAUGGUGCAGUGCGACGCAUGCACCAAAUGGCAACAUGCCAGCUGUCUGGGACUGCCACUAAAGCCUGAGCUCUUGCCGCCGGUUUAUGUAUGCCUCUUCUGCACCAGCAGCACGCCGGCAGCCCGAGAGAACCGAUCUCGGAGGUCUUUCGGAAGCCAUAUGCAAGGGCCAGAACUGCUGAGUCCGCUGGGGUACAAGAGCGGUUUCCAGCCUUGA